AUGACAAAAGCAUUGCAUAUAGAGGAGGAAUAUUGGAAACAGAAAUCUAGCAUGACAUGGUUCCAAGAAAGAGAUAAAAAUUCUAAAUUCUUUCAUUCAAAUGUUAAAAGAAGGAGUAAAAGGCUGCAGUUGAAAAGAAUACAUGAUUCUCAGGAUGAGCAGAAUGAAGAAUUGACUGCUGAUCCUACUAUGGAAGAAGUCAAACAUGCAGUGUUUGGCUUGAAUAAUGUAAGUGCUGGAGGGCCUGAUGGUUUUACAGGCAAUGUUCUUUCAAGCAUAGGACAUGAACUUCCAAGGUACAUAACUCACACAAAUUUGGUGCUAUUGCCUAAGAAGCAGGAUGUGCAGACCUUUGGUGACAUGAGACCAAUAAGUUUGAGCAACUUUGUUAAUAAGAUUUUCUCUAGAGUUAUACAUGAAAGGAUGGUUCACCUACUGCCUGAUUUAAUAUCUCAGAAUCAAGCAGGUUUUGUGAGGGGAAGGAGUAUAGUAGAGAAUAUCUUGUUGACACAGGAGAUUAUUACUGAUAUUAGACUCAGAACCAAGAAAAGGAAUCAGGUUGUGCCUAAUGUAGUGAUGAAACUUGACAUGACAAAAGCCUAUGAUAGGCUGUCAUGGAUAUUUCUCACAAAAGUGAUGAGGAAAAUGGGAUUUUGUGAGACGUUCAUAAGUUUCAUAUAUGAACUAGUUGGGAAUAACUGGUAUUCUGUGUUUAUCAAUGGCCAACCAGAUGGUUUCUUUCAUUCAACUAGGGGUGUUAAGCAGGGUGACCCUUUGUCUCCUACACUAUUCAUCAUUGCAGCUGAAGUUUUGUCAAGGGCCUUAAAUUCAUUGCAUAAUAACUUGUGGUUUAUUGGUUUUGGCUUACCUAAGUGGAGUCCAAAAAUCAAUCAUCUUGCCUAUGCAGAUGAUACCAUCAUUUUCACAUCAUCAUGUGAGAUUUCAUUAGGCUUGAUUAUGAGGGUAUUGGCUGAGUAUGAAGCAGCCUCAGGAGAGUUGAUCAACAAAGCAAAGAGUUCUGUGUACUUACAUGAUAGGGUAGAAGAGGAGAUAUUUCAAAAGGUGGAAAGGCUAAUUGGUAUUUCUAGGAAGGAGUUUCCUCUGAUUUACCUUGGCUGCCCUAUAUAUUACAUCAGGAGUAAGAUGGCAUUCUACUCAGAAAUGCUUGCAAAGGUAAGAAACAGGCUGCAGAGUUGGAAAGGAAAACUUUUGUCCCUUGGAGGAAGGGCAGUACUCCUACAACAUGUGCUGCAGGCAAUGCCUAUACACCUAUUGGCAGCUGUGGAUCCUCCAUCUUUUGAGGGAGGUUUGGGAUUUAGAUCACUUGCAGACAUAUCAAUAGCCUUGUUUGCUAAGUUAUGGUGGAACUUCAGGACUAAACCAUCCUUAUGGAGUGCUUUCAUGAGCAACAAAUAUUUAAAGAAGAAUAAUUCAAUUCUUGUCCCUUGGAAACAAGGGUCUGAUGUAUGGAGGAAAAUGUUGCAGGCUAGGGACCUGAUGGAUCAUCAAAUUUGGUGGCAGCUGAGAAUGGGCUCUUCAUUAUUCUGGUUUGAUAACUGGUCUGGUAUAGGCCCAUUAUAUUUCAUUGUCCCUCCUGAAUUUCAAUGUAAUGAAGCCAUAGAGAAUGUGUCUGAUGUAGUUACUGAUGGUAGGUGGCAUGUACCUGCCAUCAGAAAUAAUUUGCCUGAGGAUUUGGCUGAAUACAUCUUGCAUGAAGUAAAACCACCUGCUAAACCUGGAGAGAUUGAUAAGCCUUGGUGGAUGUUGGAGAAAAAUAGAGAAUUUAGUGUUAAAUAUGUAUGGGAAUAUUUAAAGAGUAAAGGUGAAAAGAAGGAGGUGUACAAGAAAAUUUGGGUCAAGGGACUGCCAUUCAAAAUAGCUUUUUUGAUGUGGAGAGUAUGGCAUUUCAAAAUUCCUCUUGAUGAGGUAGUAAAGAGUUGGGGAUAUCAUAUGCCUUCCAGGUGCUUUUGUUGUGUAGAACUAAACGAAGAGACUGUUCCCCAUAUAUUCUUGAGAAGUACCACUGCACAAGCAACAUGGAAAUAUUUUUGUGCAGCAGCUGGAAUAAAUGUUGAUGGUAUACACUUGCAUCAGCUUUGGAAGAAAAGAAAUGGAGAUAAGCAUAGGGACAAGGUGUCAACUAGCAGAGUUAUUUAUCAGGCUUCUACUGAUAUUCAGCAGUUGGUGAGAAGUAGGAAGCCUGGAAUCAAAAACAUUCCACAUAGGUGGCAUGACAUUCUGAAGAUGUUGGAACAGUUUGUGCCAAAAUUACAAGUCACCAAGGUCAUGUGGAAAUUUCCACCUGGGGGGGAUCUAAUAUAUGCAGAGGCUAGGAGAAUGGGAGAGUGUACAAAUACUGAAUCAGAGGCUAAAGCACUUCUGCAGGCUGCAAGAUAUUGCUUAUCCAAACAUGUCUAUUCCUUCUAUAUGGAAACUGAUUCUUUACUAUUAAAGAAUAUUUUGGAUAGAGAGUGGAAGCCUCCAUGGAACAUUACAUUUGAGGUUGAGGAGCUACUAGAUAUCAUGAACCAUGCAGAGGUACAGGUUUUGCAUAUUAUGAGAGAGGGUAACCAGUUGGCUGAUCAUCUUGCCAACUAUGCCCUUGAUCAUGGAGAGGUAGAGGUCAACUCAUUUGCAGAACUGGAAUCAAAGGGAAGAAAAAUUCUUAAUAGUGACAAGCUUCAGUGUCCCUAUUUAAGAAUCAGAACAAAAAGGAAAUAUUGCGGAUGGAGUCAGAUUUGGAGUCCAUCAGGUUACAAACUUUGCGGUGGGAACAAGGUACAACACAUCAGGAAGAUUCAUACUUUGAAUCAUAUCUGUCAUGAUAUUGAACAGAAAUGGUUCAAUGGAGAGGAGAUCAAUGCUACUUUGAUUCUUACACAGAACAUGAUAAGAUGGAAAUUGCAGAAGCAUUGCACACACAUGAACUCUUUGGUAUCAAGGCUGCAGUGUGUGGUAUCAGCACUUGGUGCUCAUUCCACUUCAAAUUUGGUAUCAAGGAAGGAGUGUGGUGAGAUUCAUGAAGGUUUUGAAGGCAGGAGGAUAGAUAUUGAUAAUUCAAGUACAGACAACUGGCUUGAAUAUGAAUUUGAGGGUCCUGUGCAAUAG